AAGCGGUCUCUAUGACGACCAAGUCCCCGGAUGUGUAAUCCAGUCUGAAGGGCCACUGGCGCUCACGAUCGGGUUCUGCUACAAUUUCUGCUACAAAAACCACGAAUUUUUAGCCCAGACGCAAGUUAGAAGCAGUAAUACCGCUGUAUAUAGAAGUUCUGGGUGUUACAAGAUCCACAGCUUUCCACAGAAACCUGGAGAUUUGUCGGAGGCGUCGAGAAUUCCCGCCGGUUGUGAAGUUUUUUCUACAGACACUGUGAUCUUCCAAGACGCCGCGAAGGAACUUUUGCUACAGAAAUCCUUGCACCAAAAAUGGUUGGUGACAUCCUUCAGGAUUUGCUGAUCUUGUAAGAAAGACACCAAGACUCAAGAAUGGAACGUCUUCGGAUGAAUGAAUCUCCGAUCCACAACAGCAGUAUAACGCGAGGGUUGCCAGGGUUACCACCGCUCCCCACACCCGCCGCUAAUGAACCGUCUGAGCUCUACCAGGUGGUGCUUCGGCACAGCGAGCACCCGCCUAUCAUGCAGGGUCACUCCUGGACGCUGGCCGCACCCUUCAAGGAACAGAAGUACUGCCGAACCCCCAGUGAGUCGAUUGCCAACAACUACACGCCGACAGCGAGCGAUCUCAGGAUCAAGAACAUCAAAACUAUCCCGCCCAUCGCCAGGCCGGGCACCAAACGGUCUCCCAGGAGUCCUUCACCUACAAAAUCUCCUCCUAGUCCCAGAAAAGUACCCAGACAUCGCGGACUCAACGGCAAAAAGCAAAAUGGUAUGAAUGGUGCAACCAACGGGACAGUGAAGCACGCCCAUGUCUCCAACGGUUCCACCAACGGCGUGAGCGACGUUUUAUCGCUGCCGGGUAGCCGUCCCAUGAGCCCCGUGCAGCAGCUCAACGUGAUGAAGUCAGGGGAAGACGAGGAAAACAGCAGAAUGGGGGAACCUUCUGACAGAGAUCUCGAGAGAUAUUACUACUACAUCACCAAAGGCGUGAAUGACGCCAUGUUGGCUCCGGCUCCAGAAGACCAGAUGCCCAACAUCAAGAGCAGAAUUCCAGAAGCCCUCCGCGCCAACCCGGACUUGAACAAAACGGUAGCCGCUCUCACAGAGGAGGCCGAGGGAGACUACAACUUCACUCUGAGGAAGUGCAUCGUGGACUACGUCCUGAAGGAUGAGAAGGAGAAGAGCAGGCUGCACAUCUCCUGGAUCCCGCGCUCCUUCCCUCACCGCGUGAUCCGCGCCCCCGUCCCGUGGCACCACACCUACAAGGACACCAAGGACUUCAAUGAGCAGCACCUCUUCACCACCAAUCCCAUCAUGCUGCACCUGCAGAAUCUCUGGUUUGAUAAGUACUCCCACCUGAGGUUUGUGAACAAAGACGAGCUGCUGAGGUCUAACCUGCCGCUGCUGCCUGCCGACUUUGAGGAGCUGAUCAAGAAACAGUGUCGGGAGGCCCACGAGGUCCUCAGAACAAGUUGGAUCCCGACGUGUGCGUCCGUUUUCCUGGCGCACAAGGACCUGUGGGGCCACCUGGUGCCUCUGAACGACACCGACUCCACGCAGCGCGUACAGGAGUUCUUUGCCUGCGUCGCUGCGCUAAUGUCCAACCACCUGCGGAGCAUGGUCAUCAACUCUCUGGCCGACUUCCUGGACUUCAUGCAGAUGCACAAGGCUGGGAACGACUUUGGAUCAGACUAUGAUGAGCUCCAGUUUGCCAUGGGGUCAGUAAUGAUCAUCAAGCUCCGUGUCGAGGAGCCAAAGAUCAUCUUCGAGCCGCCUUUCAGAGAGACGAGGGACAUCUUCCUCAGGUGUUUCUCUGAGAUCGUUGCAAGUGCAGAGGAGCUGCCUAGGGUUGAGAGUGACCUGUUUCCCGACAUGCGACACGAGCGCCUGCUGCUGAGGACAGUGAAGAUGGAGGAACCUCUGGUCACAGAGUUCAUGGACAAGGCCAUGGAGACCUUCAAAAUCAACACCAUCGGACCACAGAGGUACCUGAACGUGUACAAGAAGUACGGAGAUCUGCUGAACAACAAGGCUGAACAGGAAGUCACCGCCUUCCUCAAGGAGAAACACUCUCUUCAGGCAUUCACCAAGAAAAUCAACAGUUACCAGCAGCUAAAAGAUGAGAUCGCCCUCCUGCGCAUCACCGUGCCCCUGAGCAUGUUCACACUGGCCUGUGAGGAUCUGAAUGUGGAUCUGUGUGCCAGGGCACAGAGACUUAAGGACAGGCUUGUCAUCUUCGAGGUCGAUGAAAACAGGGUCCUGAACAAGGAAAUCUGUAAGCACUAUGAUGAGAUCGCAGACCGCGUGAGCGAGAUGCCGGACACGACGGCAGACCUAGUUGAGCUGACCGACUUCCUGCGGACGUCCAGCGAGGUGACCGUCUUCAAGCUGAAGGACGAAAUCGACGAGGCUGGACACAGGCUCCAGUUCCUGCUGGACUAUGCAACACUGCCAUAUGAGGACAUUAAGUUGAACAGCCAGGUCUUCCACUGGCCGGACCACAUCCAGACAGUUUUUGAUCUGAGUAAGAACAGGCUGGCCAAUCGCAGAGAGGCAGCAGAAGACGAAGUCAAGAAGAAGUUGCAGCAGUUUGAGGACAAACUGAACCGGUACAACCAAGAAGUCGAGAGCUUCAGGAAAAAGGAGAUCAUGAGCCAGGAUGAGAUGAAGACCAAUGUGGACAAGCUGAACGAGCUGACCCAACAACUGGACGAUGCUAUGGCAGAACAAGCUUCCAUCAACGUGGAAGAGGAGUUGUUGGAGUGGGAGCCAACAGCCUUCCCUAUCCUGCAGAUGAUGGUGACAUACAAGGAGCCAUACGACAAACUGUGGGGGACAGCUCUCAGCUUCCACACUAAACAUGAGCAGUGGCUCAACGGUCCCUUUGGAGACCUGAACGCAGAAGAGCUGGAAGAAGAGAUUGGGAACAUGUGGCGCACCAUGUACAAACUCACCAAGCAGUUCAGCGACGUUGCUGGGCCGCGCCGCAUCGCAGAGAGCGUCAAGUCCAAGAUCGACAAGUUCAAGCAGCACAUGCCGAUCCUACAGACCAUCUGCAACCCUGGUAUCAGGGACAGGCACUGGGAACAGAUGAGUGACAUUGUGGGGUUUGACCUGAAGCCAGAACCAGAGACGUCCCUGUUCCAGAUGCUGGAGUAUGGACUGAACAAGUUCAUGGACAAACUGGAAGAGAUUGGUGCAGCAGCCAGUAAGGAGUAUUCCUUGGAGAAAGCCAUGGAGAAGAUGAAGACAGAAUGGGCGGAGAUGUUGUUUGAGUUUGUAGCAUACAGGGACACUGGAGUUUCCAUUUUGUCGUCUAUUGAUGAAAUUCAAGUCCUUCUGGAUGACCACAUCCUCAAAACUCAGACCAUGCGCGGGUCUCCCUUUAUCAAGCCGUUUGAAAUAGAGAUUAAGGAUUGGGAGGAGAAACUGAUCCUGGUGCAGGACAUCCUUGAUGCGUGGCUGAAGUGUCAGGCCACAUGGCUGUACCUCGAGCCCAUCUUCAGCUCUCCCGACAUCAACGCACAGAUGCCUGAGGAGGGCCGCAAGUUCGGCAUUGUGGACAGCUAUUGGCGUGACAUCAUGACAGAGGCAGUGAAGGACUGCCACGUGCUGGUGGCCACGGCCCAGCCCAACAUGCUGGGGAGACUGCAGGAGUCCAACGUUCUACUGGAGGAGAUCCAGAAGGGACUGAACGACUACCUGGAGAAGAAGAGGCUGUAUUUCCCCAGGUUCUUCUUCCUGUCAAAUGACGAGCUCCUUGAGAUCCUGUCUGAGACAAAGGACCCGAUGCGCGUGCAGCCUCACCUGAAGAAGUGUUUUGAGGGCAUCGCCAAACUGGAGUUCACUGAGGACCAGGUCAUCACCGGCAUGAUCAGCUCUGAGAAGGAGAUCGUGCCGUUUACCAAGAAGAUUGUCCCAGCUCAAGCAAAGGGCAUGGUGGAGAAGUGGCUGUUACAAGUUGAGGAGACCAUGAUCAGCAGUGUGCGUAAGGUCAUCGCAGACAGCUACCUGGCUUACAAGGAGGUGCCCAGGAAGAAGUGGGUACUGGACUGGCCGGGACAAACGGUCAUCUGUACCUCGUCCAUCUACUGGACAGCUGAAGUGACCACUGCCAUCCAGGAGGAGGGUGGACUCAAGAAAUACUUGGAGAUCAGCAACAAGCAGAUUGAUGAAAUCGUCGCCCUUGUGCGUGGCAAGCUGGAGAUCGGAGCUCGUUUCACACUGGGUGCCCUGGUUGUAAUCGAUGUCCACGCACGUGAUGUGGUGGAGAAGUUGGCCAAUGACAAGAUCAGUGACACCAACGCGUUUGACUGGAUCAGCCAGCUGCGGUACUACUUUGACGGGAAGGACGCCCAGGUACACAUGAUCACCACAGAGCUGGGGUACGGCUACGAGUAUCUCGGCAACACUGGACGUCUGGUCAUCACACCACUGACCGACAGAUGCUACAGGACACUGAUGGGUGCGAUGAAGCUGAACCUGGGCGGGGCUCCUGAGGGACCGGCUGGAACCGGAAAAACUGAAACUAGCAAGGAUUUGGCCAAAGCCAUUGCCAAACAGUGUGUGGUGUUUAACUGCUCAGACGGUCUGGACUUCAAGGCUAUGGGGAAGUUCUUCAAGGGCCUGGCACAAGCAGGAGCCUGGGCCUGCUUUGACGAGUUCAACCGCAUCGAGCUGGAAGUGUUGUCUGUGAUUGCCCAGCAAAUUCACAGUAUCCAAACUGCCAUCUCCAUGGGUCUGAAGAGGUUCCUGUUUGAGGGGACAGACCUGCAGCUGGACCCCACCUGUACCAUCUUCAUCACCAUGAACCCUGGGUACGCAGGGAGACAGGAGCUGCCCGACAACCUCAAGGUGUUGUUCAGAACUGUGGCCAUGAUGGUACCGGACUAUGCCAUGAUCGGAGAAAUCUCGCUCUACUCCAUGGGAUUCCAGGAUGCCAGAAGUCUUGCCAUUAAGAUCGUGGCCACGUACCGGCUGUGUUCUGAGCAGCUGUCCUCGCAGCACCAUUACGACUACGGCAUGCGUGCCGUCAAGUCCGUGCUGACGGCCGCAGGCAACCUGAAACUGAAGUACCCUGAAGAGAACGAGAGCGUGCUGCUUCUCCGAGCUAUCCUGGAUGUCAACCUGGCCAAGUUCCUGGCUCAAGACAUCCCACUGUUCCGAGGCAUCAUCUCUGACCUGUUCCCGGGCGUGGUCCUGCCUGAGCCAGACUAUGCACAGUUCCUGGACGCCCUGAAGGACAACAUGAAGAAGAGAAACCUACAGCCUCAUCCCUGGCACAUCGAGAAAAUCAUACAGGUUUAUGAGAUGAUGCUGGUUCGUCACGGGUUCAUGAUCGUGGGUGACCCCAUGGGCGGGAAGACCAUGGCGUACAAGGUCCUGGCGGGCGCUCUGUCGGACCUGCACGCGGCCGGUCUGAUGAACGAGAACAACGUCCUGUACAAGAUCAUCAACCCCAAGGCCAUCACCAUGGGGCAGCUGUACGGCUGCUUCGACCCCGUCUCACACGAGUGGAGCGACGGUGUGCUGGCCGUGUCGUUCCGUGAACAAGCCUCCUCCACGCUGGAGGACAGACAGUGGAUCCUGUUUGACGGUCCGGUAGACGCCGUGUGGAUCGAGAACAUGAACACUGUACUGGACGACAACAAAAAGCUGUGCUUGAUGAGUGGAGAGAUUAUCCAGAUGAGCAGUCAGAUGAGUCUGAUCUUUGAACCUGAAGACCUGGAGGUCGCCUCUCCUGCCACAGUUAGCAGGUGCGGCAUGAUCUAUUUCGAGCCCCACCAGCUAGGCUGGCGUCCCUACAAAGAGUCUUACUUCAACAACCUGCCAGAGACAAUGAACAAGGAGCACAGGGAUCUUCUGGACGACCUCUUUGAGUGGCUAGUUGACCCUUGUCUUGACUACAUCUUCCACGAGUGCAAGUUCUUUGUGAACUCUGCGGCGGGUCCUCUGGUCAUGUCCCUCCUGAGACUGUACACGUGUCUGAUCGACGAGAUCACAAACUCUGGAGCUGAGGGCUGGGACAAACUGACAGACCAACAGAUUACCAUGUGGAUGCAGAACCUGUUCCUGUUCUGUCUGAUCUGGUCCAUCGGAGGAACGAUCACCGGAGACGGGCGCAAGAAGUUUGAUGUCUACUUCAGGAACAUCAUUGCAGGAACAGACCCUGAUCAUCCCAAACCUAAGAGCUUCAAACUCAGCAAGAGUAACUUGUUCCCAGAGCGAGGGACCGUGUACGACUACUACUUCAAGAAGCAGGCCAGUGGUUCCUGGAGUGGGUGGAUGGACUACGUCGACCAGAGCAAGACUGCCAUCCCAGCUAAUGCAAAGGUUACGGAGCUGAUCAUCUCUACGGAGGAGACAGCCCGACAGACGUACUUCCUGGACACGUUCCUGCCCCACAGCGUACCGCUGCUGUUUGUCGGACCCACCGGAACCGGAAAAUCCGCCAUCACCAACAACUACCUGGUCAAACUGCCCAAAGAGAAAUAUCUGCCCAACGUCAUCAAUUUCUCUGCCCGCACAACGGCCAACCAGACGCAAGAUAUUGUGCUCUCCAAAUUGGACAGACGGCGUAAGGGUGUGCUAGGCCCGCCCAUGGGUAAGAAGUGCGUGGUGUUUGUGGACGACCUGAACAUGCCGGCUAAGGAGAAGUACGGUGCCCAGCCUCCCAUCGAGCUGCUGCGACAGUGGCAGGACCACUCCCACUGGUACGACCUCAAGGACAACACCAAGAUAGAGCUGACUGACGUGCUGUUUGUUUCCGGUAUGGGCCCACCUGGAGGUGGGAGGAACCACAUCACAGGUCGCAUGAUGCGGCAUCUCAACGUCAUCUCCAUCGACUCGUUUGACGACAGCACCAUGAGCAAGAUCUUCACCUCCAUCGUGGACUGGCACUUUGGCAAGGGCUUUGACGGGUCCUUUUUGAGGCUGGGCAAGAUGUUGGUCCAGGCCACGAUGACUGUGUAUAAGGAGGCGAUCGCUAACUUCCUCCCGACCCCCUCCAAGUCUCACUACCUGUUCAACCUGCGAGACUUCGCCCGUGUGAUACAGGGAGUCCUCCUGGUCCCCAGCAGUAACAUGAAGGAGGGAGACAAGCUCAUCAGACUCUGGAUCCACGAGGUCUACAGAUGCUUCUAUGAUCGUCUGAUUGACGAUGAUGACAGGCAAAUGUUCUUCAACAUCAUGAAGGAGACCACAAAGGAAUGCUUUAAGACCAGCAUGGACAAAGUCCUGAACCACCUGACUCCCAGCGGCAACCUUAUCGACGACAACGUCAGGAGCCUGUUCUUUGGUGACUACAUGUUACCUGAUGCAGACCCCAGGAUUUAUGAUGAAGUCACCAGCAUUCCUGAGUUACAGACUGUCAUGGAGUCGUACCUUGAUGAGUACAACACCAUCAGUAAGGCUCCCAUGUCGCUGGUACUGUUCAAGUUCGCCUGUGAGCACAUCUCUCGUGUCAGCCGUGUACUGAAACAGGACAACGGACAUCUCCUGCUUGUGGGUAUUGGUGGCAGCGGCCGACAAAGUGCCACCAAGCUGGCCACCUUCAUGCAGGACUUUGAUCUGUUCCAAAUUGAGAUCACCAAAAACUACACCAACACUGAGUGGAGAGAAGAUGUCAAAAAGGUGUUGCUGAAAGCGGGUUCAGAGGGCAAACAGACAGUCUUCCUGUUCAGUGAUAACCAGAUCAAGAGCGAGUCAUUUGUAGAAGACAUCAACAUGAUCCUGAACACCGGAGACGUGCCCAAUAUCUUCCCGCCGGACGAGAAAGCCGACGUCAUCGAGAAAAUGCAGCUUGUCGCCAGAAACACUGGCAAGAAGAUUGAAGCCACGCCCAUGUCCAUGUACAACUUCUUCAUUGAGCGCGUGAAACAGAACCUCCACGUGGUUCUUGCCUUCAGUCCCAUCGGUGAUGCCUUCCGUAACCGCCUCCGUCAGUUCCCCUCGCUGAUCAACUGCUGCACCAUUGACUGGUUCCAGGCGUGGCCUGAAGACGCCCUGGAGAUGGUCGCUAACAGGUUCCUGGAGGACGUAGACCUUGACGACGACCUUCGGAAGGAAUGUGUCUUCAUGUGUAAAAACUUCCACACCAGCGUCAAGCUUCAGUCCGAGAAGUUCCUGGCCAUCCUGCGUCGCCACAACUACGUGACCCCGACGUCAUACCUGGAGCUGAUCAUGACCUUCAAGGCUCUGCUGGACCUAAAGCGUAAGGAGAUCAUGAAGCUCAAGUCUCGCUACGAGACCGGGCUGGAGAAGCUGGCCUUUGCAGCAUCACAGGUGUCUGUGAUGCAGAAAGAGUUGCAGGACCUCCAACCAGAGCUCAUUCAGACCUCGGAGGAGACUGAGAAACUCAUGGUGAAGAUCGAGGCUGACACGGUCGAGGUGGAGGCCAAGAAGCAGGUUGUCGCCGCUGACGAGGCAGUAGCUAACGAGGCAGCCGCCGCGGCCAAGGCCAUCAAGGAUGAGUGUGAGGCUGAUCUGGCUGUGGCCAUGCCCGCGCUGGAGGCUGCCAUAGCUGCUCUCAACACCCUCAAACCUGCUGACAUCACCGUCGUCAAGUCCAUGAAAAACCCACCUGCUCAAGUCAAACUGGUUAUGGAGGCGAUCUGCGUCAUGCGGCAGAUCAAGCCGGAAAGGAAACCGGACGGAUCCGGUAAGAUGGUGGAGGACUACUGGGGACCGUCUCAGAAGCUUCUCGGUGACAUGAAGUUCUUAGAUCACCUAAAGACGUACGACAAGGACAACAUUCCAGCCGCUGUCAUCAAGAAGAUUCGAGACAGAUACACCAAUGACCCUGAGUUUGACCCUGCUAAGAUCAAGAACGUGUCGUCUGCCUGUGAGGGUCUGUGCAAGUGGGUACGGGCCAUGGAGGUGUACGAGAGGGUGGCAAAGGUGGUUGCACCCAAGAAGGCCAAACUGAAGAUUGCAGAGGCAGAGUUAUCCGUACAGAUGGCAAAACUGAACGAGAAGAGAGCAGAACUCAAAGCUGUCGAGGACAAACUGCAGGCCCUGAAUGACCAGUUUGACGUCAUGACCAAGAAGAAGCAGGACCUGGAGGCCAACAUCGAACUCUGCUCCCAGAAGUUGAUCCGCGCGGAGAAGCUGAUUGGCGGGCUGGGCGGAGAGAAGGACCGUUGGAGCGAGGCGGCCAGACUGCUGGGGAUUCGCUACGUCAACACGACGGGCGACAUUCUCCUGUCAGCUGGCGUGGUCUCCUACCUCGGGGCCUUCACUGUGGACUACAGGAUUGAGUGUACUGAAGACUGGCACAAGAAGGCAUUAGAACACAACAUCCCCUGCUCGCAGACCUUCUCCCUCAACGGUACCCUCGGUGACCCCGUUAAAAUCCGGGCAUGGCAGAUCGCAGGGCUGCCUGUGGAUUCCUUCUCCAUCGACAACGGCAUCAUCGUGUCCAACUCCAGACGCUGGCCACUGAUGAUUGACCCGCAGGGUCAAGCCAACAAGUGGGUGAAGAACAUGGAGAAGAUGAACAAGCUGGCGAUCAUCAAACUGUCAGACGCUAACUACAUCCGCACGCUGGAGAACUCCAUCACGUUCGGCACACCUGUACUACUGGAGAACAUCGGGGAGGAUCUGGACCCCAUCCUGGAACCCAUCCUCACCAAGCAGAUCUUCAGACAGGGAGGUGUAGACUACAUCAAGCUGGGAGAGAAUGUCAUUGAGUACUCCAAGGACUUCAGAUUCUACAUGACAACCAGGCUCCGUAACCCGCACUACAUGCCUGAAAUCUCUGUCAAGGUGUGCUUGGUGAACUUCAUGAUCACCCCCCUGGGUUUACAAGACCAGCUGCUGGGCAUCGUGGCCGCCAAGGAGAAACCAGAACUGGAGGAGAAGAAGAACGAGCUCAUCCUGGAGAGCGCCGCCAACAAGAAACAGCUGAAGGAGAUCGAGGACAAAAUCCUGGAGGUCCUGUCCUCCUCGGAGGGCAACAUUCUUGAGGAUGAGACGGCCAUCAAGAUUCUCUCGUCCUCCAAGGUUCUGUCCGAAGAAAUUUCUGCAAAGCAGGAAAUUGCUGAUGUGACUCAGAAGGAGAUUGAUGAGACCAGACUUGGUUACAGUCCUGUGGCCGUCCACUCUGCCAUCCUGUUCUUCUGUGCCUCUGACCUGGCUAACAUCGAGCCCAUGUACCAGUACUCUCUUACAUGGUUCAUCAACCUGUAUGUACAGUCCAUCCAAAACAGUAAGAAGUCGGAUGACCUGGAGGAGCGUAUAGAGAACCUGAACGAUCACUUCACCGUCAGUAUCUACAACAACGUGUGCCGGUCGCUGUUUGAGAAGGACAAGCUGCUCUUCUCCUUCAUCCUGUGUGUCGGCAUUCUGAAGGGAGCUGGUAAGGUUGUGGAGGAGGUUUGGAGGUUCCUGCUUACUGGAGGUGUGGGUAUGGAAAACCCCCACCCUAACCCCGCGCCUGACUGGCUCACUGAGAAGUCCUGGUCUGAGCUGGUCCGUGCCUCCAGCCUGGACAGCCUGGGGGGACUGUUUGAACACGUCAGGGAUAACAUAAAUGACUGGAAGAAGAUCUAUGACUCGAGCACCCCUCACACAGACACCCUGCCUGACCCCUGGGACAUGCUGAGUGGUCUGCACAGGAUGGUGGUGCUCAGGUGCCUCCGCCCAGACAAAAUAGUCCCUGCCACACAGGACUUCAUCAUUGACAACAUGGGGCGCACCUUUGUAGAGCCUCCGACCUUUGACCUGGCAGGCAGCUUCGCUGACUCUAACUGCUGUGCGCCGCUGAUUUUCGUGCUGUCCCCCGGAGCUGACCCCAUGGCCGGGCUGAUGAAGUUUGCAGACGAGAAGGGACAGGGAGGAACCAAGAUUCAAUCUGUAUCACUUGGACAGGGACAGGGCCCCAUAGCCGAGGGGAUGAUUAACAAGGCGCUGGUAGCAGGCACCUGGGUGGUCCUGCAGAACUGUCACCUGGCCACCAGCUUCAUGCCUCGGCUGGAGAAGAUCUGUGAGGAGGUCAUCAUCCCCGAGAACACGCACACAGACUUCCGCCUGUGGCUCACCAGCUACCCGUCCGAGGACUUCCCCGUAGCCAUCCUGCAAAACGGCGUAAAGAUGACCAACGAGCCGCCCAAAGGCCUAAGGAUGAACCUGCUCCGGUCAUACCUGAACGACCCAAUCUCUGACGCACAGUUCUUUGGAGGAUGCAGCAAGGAGAAAGAAUGGCAGAAGCUGCUGUUUGGCCUGUGUUUCUUCCACGCGCUGGUGCAGGAACGUCGGAAGUUUGGUCCACUGGGGUGGAACAUUCCGUAUGAGUUUAAUGAGUCUGACCUGCGUAUCAGCAUGAGACAAGUCCAGAUGUUCCUGAAUGAUUACGAGAUCGCCCCUGCGCUGGAGGCCCUGAUGUACCUGACAGGAGAGUGUAACCACGGCGGCCGUGUGACUGACGACAAGGACCGCAGACUGCUCAACUCUAUUCUUAGCAUCUUCUACAACGAAGGCAUCGUCUACGACGCGGACUACAAGAUCUCGGAGAGUGGGAUCUACUUCGCCCCAGAGUUUGGCCCGUACCAGAGUUACAUCGACUACAUCCGCGGCCUGCCGCUCAUCCCCACCCCUGAGGUGUUUGGUCUCCACGACAACGCUGACAUCACCAAGGACAACCAGGAGACACUGCAGCUGUUCGACAGCAUCCUGCUCACGCUGCCCAGGCUGUCCGGAGGGGGAGGGAAGUCAUCGGGAGAAGUACUCACAGACCUGGCAGCCGACAUCCUCAGCAAACUGCCUGCUGACUUCAACUUAGAAUUUGUGAUGAAAAAGUACCCCGUGGUUUACAACGAGUCGAUGAACACAGUACUGAGACAGGAGCUGAUCCGGUUCAACCGCCUCACGAGUGUGGUCCGCUCCAGUCUGCAGAACCUGCAGAAGGCCAUCAAGGGCCUGGUGGUGAUGUCGUCUGACCUUGAGGAGGUGUUCAGCAGCAUGUUGGUGGGGAAAGUCCCCGGGGUCUGGGCAGCCAAGUCCUACCCCUCACUCAAACCACUGGGCAGCUACGUCACAGAUCUCAUACAGAGGUUGACGUUCCUGAAUGACUGGAUUGACAACGGAGCCCCGCCUGUGUUCUGGCUGUCAGGGUUCUACUUCACGCAGUCCUUCCUCACAGGCGUGUCCCAGAACUAUGCGAGGAAGUACACCAUCCCCAUCGAUCAGCUGGGCUUCGAGUUUGAAGUCACGAAGUCGGAGAGUGAGAUGGAGUCAAAACCAGAAGACGGGGCUUACAUCAAGGGGUUGUUCAUGGAAGGCGCUCGUUGGGACAGAGAGAAGAUGGUGAUCGGAGAGUCCUACCCCAAGAUCUUAUUCGACACUGUACCGGUCAUCUGGCUGCAGCCUGGUGAGACUAAGAAGUUCAAGAAGAAGAAAAGCUACACGUGUCCGGUGUACAAGACCAGUGCCCGGCGCGGGACGCUGUCCACCACCGGUCACUCCACCAACUUUGUGCUGUACAUGGAGAUCCCGUCUGACCGGCCGCAGAGCCACUGGAUUAACCGCGGUGUGGCCAUGCUCUGUCAGCUGGACGACUAGACACCAGACUGUCCAGCAAACAGACUGAAACCAGUUACCGUCCAUUUUUGAAUGUACAUAUUAUGUUGUAGUCAAAUUGCGCCUUUUUGUUUGUGUUAACUUUGUAUAUGUUGGAAUACGGAAGAUGAUGGUUACAACCAACUUUUGUCAACAAGUCAAUUUUUGAGCGCAAAACAAAUUGCAGAAUGCAGUAUCUUGAUGUUUAUCAGUGUCUUUAUUUGUGUAUAUGGGAAUAAUUUGGUCUUAUUGAAUGUUGGUUUAUCUAUAGUAACUGAAAAAUGAUGUUUUUGGAUUUAUUCUGCUUUGGAUAGACUCUGUCAUAUUUGCAAGCCCUGUUGCCAUAUAGAUUUAUACAGGCUUUCAAUGAGGUCCAAUAAAGAUUUGCCAGAGUGUGUGCUGUAAAUGUGACCUACAAAACAUGUUCCUUUAUCUCCCCACUAUACUACUUACUCUGACUAUCUCUAUUAUAAUUCAUCAAGAACAGAGUGAGUUGUGUUGAAGAAAAAAUUUGAAUACUGAGAUUUUAAAAGUAGCUAAUAUGUGUGUAUAUAAUAUAUAUGGGAACUGAAACUGCAGUGCGUUAAUUGUACAGCAUCAACUGUUUGCAGAUUUUUACACUUUUUAGAUACAUUUCUAAAUCUCAAAACAUUGACACAACUUUCAUAUGAUUUUGCAGUGCACAUCAUAUACCUAGACUGCAGUAUGUAAAAUAAUGACCAUGUAUGAGUUUGGUAUGAUUUUGGAAUCUUUCUCAUAAGAUUGACUAGAUUUCUUUGACUAUACUAGUAUUUCUCAAUGUUAUCCCUGAAACCCCUUAAGCCAUACAGCAAAUUUAGAGGUGGAUCACAAACAAGUUUUUUUUCAAGGUUUCACAAAAACCAUGUGGCCACCUAUAAUGCUGCUAUAGCUAGUAAGUCCACUAUGUAGACUGUACCCUUGUUGCACUCACAAAGUCACCAAAUGACUUUCUGUAUAGAUUCAUAUGGAGUAUCUAUUCAUUUCUCUAUUAUAGAAUGUACUCAAAAUUCUAUGAUAUGUAUUUAACCUAUACUCUAAAGUCAAGACCACUGAAUGUAAAAUUUACAAUCUUAAACAAAAAGAUGUAGAAUUCUAUUAAGGUAUGUACCUUAGAUCAACUCUAUAUUUCUAUAUUGUAUUAUAGGAUGAUGUUCUGUCCGUCCUUAUUGAAUUAUAGAUGUGGAUGCUUCCAUCUAUUUUUAUCUGUAAAUGAUUGUAAGAAACAGAACGAGACUCUAGCUAGUUAAUAAUUCACUGAACGUGUACAUGUGUGUUCGUAACACUUCAUAUUGUUACUACUGAACAGCGGGUGGCAUGAUUUGAACGGUUUUGACAUUUCCUUGUAGCUUGAGUGAUAUCAAAAGAAGGAAGUACUAGUUGAAGUAGU